AUGCACUGGGUGAGGCAGGCUCCCAGGAAGGGACUGGAAUGGAUCGCCUUAAUAUACACCGAUGGGAGCAGGCAGUUUUAUGCCCUCCCAGUGAAAGGACACUUCACCGUCUCAAGGAACAACCCUUCAAGCAAGUUGGAACUGCAAAUGAAUAACAUGAAACCAGAUGACACAGCUGUCUAUUACUGUUGGUACCAGCCAGGAGACCUCCUCAUUGGUGGGAUUUCCUCUCAGAUCAUUUACGUUUUCAACCCAGUUUCCUUCAAGGUACACCCUUCACAAGAGCUGAAAUCUGAUGUCCCACUUGUGAUAACAAAAUUCUACCAGCAUGUCCUUGCCUUGGCAUUUGCUGUGAAAGAAAUUAAUGAAAAUCCCAGAAUCUUGCCCAAUGCUACAUUGGGGUUCCACAUCAGUGACAGCUACUACGAUGCACAGAGGACUUACCGCACCACUCUGGACCUGCUCUUCAAAUCACAGAAAUUUGUGCCCAACUACAAAUGUGGCAGGCAGAAAAACCUCAUGACCGUCAUAGGGGGGCUUGGCUCUGAUAUCUCAUACCGCAUGGCAGAUAUCUUGGAUAGCUAUAAGAUUCCACAGCUCACUUAUGGCUCAUUUGCCCCAGAGGAGAGUUAUGCAAUGCAGUCCCACUCCUUCUACAAUAUGGUCCCCAAUGAAGCCCGCCAGUACAUUGGGAUUGUCCGCUUACUUCAGCAUUUCAGAUGGACAUGGGUUGGGUUCUUCACUGUCAAUGAUGAGAGUGGAGAGCGUUUCUUGCAGACCCUGGAGCCAUUGCUUUCCCAGCAUGGAAUCUGUUCAGCUUUCACAGAAAGGAUUACACAACAAGCCCGGUUAAAUGAUAUGUUUGAAAUUAACAACCAGGUCCAGAGUAUUUAUAAACCUUUCACAUUUAACAAAGUCAACACAUUUGUUCUCUAUGGAGAAACACUGUCCAUUAUGUGGCUGAGCUAUUUUAUUCUUCUGGGAAAUCCUGAACGUAAUAAUGACACAUCUCACGAAAAGGUGUGGAUUCUGACAGCCCAGAUAGAUUUUGCAUUAACUAGCCUUCAAAGAGGCUCAGAUCUGCAAGUGUUCCAAGGGGCUAUUUCAUUCACAAUUCAUUCCCAUGAACCACCAGCAUUCAAGACAUUCCUUCAGACUAUAGAGCCUUGCUGGGCAGAAGGAGAUGGUUUUAUCAAAGAUAUAUGGGAGCAAGUCUUUGACUGCUCAUUUCAUUGUCCAAAAGAGGUCGAUGAACCAUGUACUGGAGAGGCUAGGCUGGAGAGCCUUCCUGCGCCUCUUUUUGAAAUGCGCAUGACUGGUCACAGCUACAGCAUCUAUAAUGCUGUCUAUGCUGCUGCACAUGCACUGCAUGCCAUGGACUCAUCUACACCCAAACACAGAGCAGCUGUGGAGGCUGAAAGAGUUGCACUCCACCCUUGGCAGCUCCACCUGAUUCUUCAAGACAUAACAUUUAACAACUCAGCUCAAGAAACAGUGUCCUUUAAUGACAAAAGAGAAAUGGAAGGUGGAUUUGACAUCAUGAGCAUAGCCACUUUCCCAAACAACUCCUUCCAGAGAGUUAAAGUCGGAAGUGUGGAGCCCAGAGCUCCUGAAGGAGAAGAACUAAUCCUUGAUGAGGAUUUAAUUGUGUGGCCCAGUGUAUUUAACCAAGUGCCACCCCUUUCUGUGUGUAGUAACUCUUGCCACCCUGGUUAUCAGAAGAACAAGAGGGAAAAGGAGAAAUUUUGCUGCUAUGAUUGUGUUCCAUGCCCAGAAGGGAAGAUUUCAAACCAGAAGGACAUGAUUAACUGUGUGAACUGCCCAGAUUAUCAGUAUUCAAGCAACAACCAAGAUCAUUGCAUCCCCAAAACAAUCAGCUAUCUUUCUUAUGAAGAACCUUUAGGGAUCAGUUUAACGUCAAUCACUGUUUCUUUUUCCCUGAUCACAGCUUUGGCACUAAUAACUUUUAUUAAGCAUAGAGAUACCCCCAUAGUCAAAGCCAACAAUAGGGACCUCACAUAUGCUCUCCUCAUAUCCCUUCUGCUCUGCUUCCUCUCUUCUUUGCUCUUCCUUGGCCAACCUGGGAAAGUGACCUGCCUUCUCCGACAACCCACUUUUGGCAUCAUUUUCUCGGUGGCUGUUUCUUGUGUGUUGGCCAAAACCAUUACAGUGGUUGUUGCUUUCAUGGCCACCAGGCCGGGGUCCAGCAUGAGGAAGUGGGUAGGAAAAAGAUUGACCAACUCCAUUGUCCUUUUCUGCUCUUGGAUUCAAGCAGGCAUCUGUGCCAUGUGGCUGUCAACCACUCCCUCCUUUCCAGAUUUGGACAUGCAGUCACUGACUCAAGAGAUCAUAUCAAAAUGUAAUGAAGGCUCUGUCACCAUGUUUUAUCUUGUCCUGGGCUACAUGGGACUUCUAGCCAUCAUCAGCUUCACUGUGGCAUUCCUGGCUAGGAAACUGCCAGACACUUUUAAUGAAGCCAAGUUCAUCACCUUCAGCAUGUUGAUGUUUUGCAGUGUUUGGUUGUCGUUUGUUCCGACCUACCUGAGCACUAAGGGGAAAUAUAUGGUGGCUGUGGAGAUCUUCUCCAUCUUGGCCUCCAGUGCUGGUUUGUUGGGUUGUAUUUUUUAUCCAAAAUGUUACAUUAUUUUGCUGAGGCCUGAGCUGAACAGCAAAGAACAGCUAAUGAGGAGACAAAGUUAA